CAUGACAAAAAUGUGGCCUCUAAGGUCUCAAAAGAACAGCACCACCACAGUGAAGAUGCAACAUGAAUCUGCCACCACCAAUACCGUGGCAACAAAAUCUCUGAUCUCAACAUGCCACUGUUGUUGUUUGGUGACAAAACUGAUGACAAAGCUCAAGAGACGUGGCCGAACACUGCGACCAAAAAGUGCAAGUCGACAGGGUUCAUUCCAAUGCCGCUAUGAUCCAUUGAGCUAUUCCUUGAACUUUGACACCACUGGAUGUGGCAGCUUAAUGGAUGAAGAUUACUAUAAGUUCUAUGCUUUUUCUUCGAGGUUUCUGGCAAAUCCAAGAACUCCAUGCCCCAUUGUUCAAGUACAAGGAACUCCCAUUAACCAAUAGCUAGCUAGAAUCUCUUGUUUUUCUUUAUUAAACAGUACUAGUUUCUUUUUUCUCGUUUUUUCCACAAAAAUAUUUGUGGGUUUCCCCUUCUACAAAGAUGGGUAUGAGGGAAUCAUCGAUCUGCAAAUUUUCAUAGUGGAGGAAUCUAAUGUUUAAGAGCUUGUUGUACUGUAUAACAUAUAUGAUGAAUGAUCCAUUGUUAAUUUUGUUUAGUUCUA